UUAAGAGAUAUUAAAACAGCAGGACAUGGCCCAUGGAUCUGUGCCAAAGAGGAACUGAAUUCAUCGCUUUGACAGGAUUUCGGAAUUGAGGAGAAAUGUUAUUUGGCAUGCACCUGAACCGCUGACCGUCAUCUUUAAUCGCCUUUAAAAGCCGUGGAUGGUUAUCCCCCUUUCAGUCAUCCUUUUGCAACUUUUCACAAGUGCUUACAGUGGAUGAUCUUUUCUGCAUGCUCCUAAACUAAAGAUUGCACAAGAAUCACUCGUCCUCUAAAGGGACCCAUUAAACUAUCUUUUCCCAUGGCUUACUGAAGAUAUCCCAUGAUUUCAAAGCACAAUGGAAAUCCAAGGGCUGCUUUUGGACACGAUGCUCACGGACUUCGCUGACGUUGACUUUCUGGAGAUACCCCAGAAGCAGAUCACGUCCGAGUCCGCGGAGAGCGUGGGCUGCCGGGGCCUGUAUUACGGUAUGUCCCCCGGGCGUGGAGACGUGAUCCUCUCCUCGGAAAGGGCGUCUCUGCGAGUGGGAAAGGCGCCCGUGUGCGGCGCGGUGCCAUCGGCGGGCAGGUCAAAGCGAAAGCGGGUGAUCAGCACGGUGCAGCGGCGGGCGGCCAACAUCAGAGAGCGCCGAAGAAUGUUCAGCCUGAACGAAGCUUUUGAUGAGCUACGAAAGAAAGUCCCCACCUUCGCUUAUGAGAAAAGAUUAUCGAGGAUCGAAACUCUGCGACUUGCCAUUGUAUACAUUUCAUUCAUGACAGAUCUAUUGAGCAUGAAAUAA